AAGGUUAUCUAUCUAAUGUAAACAAUCUUCUAUCCAACACUUUCUCUUCCACUUCAGUCACCGGCGUAGCCAAACACCAAACCCCAUAUCUCCAGCUGCUACGGCGAUGGCGAUGGCGAUGGCGGCGUUAGACCAAACUCUAGCACUAAAGAACACAGUUCUCAUCUACCAAAACCCUAGCCCUAUUUCCUGUUUCCCCUUUCUUUCCCUCAACUCUAAAUCCCUAACAACUUUAGCUUCAACCGCCCGCGUAAAAUGCUCCUUCGGUUACAAUUCCGGCGGAACUGCUACCAAUACCAGCAACAACGGGCCGUACGAGUACGAACGGUACGCUUCUUCGGGCCCGCCGCAGUUUCCGAGGCCGGCGGAGAUUCAGUGGAAGAAGGAGCUGUGCAAUACGAUUCAGCUCAUCGGCGUUGUCGGUGCUCCCGUUCAAAUCAAACACCUUCCUUCCGGCAAGGUUCUCGCUUGGUCCCGCCUCGCCGUUAAGAAAUCCCAAACCGACACCCUCUGGAUUAAUUUGACUUUCUGGGAUGAAUUGGCUCAAGUUGCUUUUCAGCACGUAGAGAAAGGUCAACAAGUGUACGUCUCUGGUCGCCUAGUCUCCGAUACAGUCGAAAGUGACGAGGGGAAGCAGCAAACCUAUUACAAGGUAACCGUUCAGCAACUGAAUUUCAUAGAAAGGGGCCUAUCAUCUGUUCCGUUAUAUAACGGGGACUCUAAUUCCGUCGCACCAAGCAAAAAGCAAAAUAAUUAUAGCACCGCAAAUUCCACCGGUACCGUAGAAGAACUGUGGCAAGCCUUCUUCGCUAAUCCAACGGAGUGGUGGGACAAUAGGAAGAACAAGAGGAGCCCGAAUUACCCCGAUUUCAAGCACAAAGAUACAGGGGAAGCGUUGUGGGUUGAAGGCAGGAAUAAUCCAUCAUGGGUGAAAUCUCAACUCGGUGUACUCGACUCGAAGAUGGAAUCAUUUCACGAACAAAAUUCUAGUAUGCAUGCCAAUUUUAUGUCCAGUACUGACAGUCUCGGAUCAUUCUAGUUGCUCCCCGUUCUGAUUUAGACAUUAGUUGUUACAAAUCGAAUGUAUUGUAUAUGUUUGAUUGUUCCGAUCCCCACACCUUCGAACUAAUGUAGUUUUUACAAUCACAAGAAAGUAUUAUUGUCCGAUCAUGUUCUGAAUCGCUGUUAAUUUAUCAACUAUUUAUCUGUCUUC